UGGUGAAAUUGUUUAUUAUUAUUAAGCCAAAAUGAGCGCUGAUAUAGCCAGCACGAUCAAGUUCCGCGACAUCUGCGACCUGUUCGAGAAGCUGAAGGCCACCAGGAAGGUGGCCAACAAGGAGGAGGUGCUGAAGAGCUACUACGAGUCCUUCUGCCGCCACCGCGAGUCCUUUCGCCGGCAAACGGGCCUGACCGACGACCAGGCGGAGAACGGGGUCAGUAGCUUCUAUUCGGUGCUCCGCCUGCUGCUCCCCGGGGCGGACACAGGUCGGGACACCUAUGGCCUGCAGAUCACCGCCCUGGGCAGGCUGUACAUCAAGGUGCUGCAGCUCCCAGGCGAUUCGCGAGAUGCCCUCAUGCUGCAGCACCGCAGCGGUAACAUGUACCGCGACUACGGCGACGUCGUCUACGCCGUCCUCAAGCCGCGGUGCUCCAAUCCGCCCAGCGAUCUGCGCCUGCAGCACAUCCACGCGAUGCUGGACACGAUCGCCAGCGAGGACACGGAGGUCAAGAAGCAGCAGCUCGUCCGUUUCACCGAGCAGGCCUCGCCCGAGGAGCAGAAGUGGCUUAUCCGGCUGCUGCUCAAGAGCCUUGGCCUGGGCAUCGGCGAGCAGAAGAUCUUCGGGGUGCUGCACCCGAGGGCGCAGGACAUCUACCAGCGCUGCUCCGAUUUGGGACACGUGUGCAAUCUGCUCGCGGAUAGGGGCAGCGACCUGGACGACAGCAAGGCAGCCGUGAAGUUCGUGAACCUGAACGCCGUCAUCCGGCCAUUCCAUCAGAUACGACCCAUGCUCUGCGAACGAUUUCCCGGCGACAUCCAGGAGCUGAUGCAGUCGGAUGUGCUCUACAUGGAGACCAAAAUGGACGGCGAGCGCUUCCAGCUGCACAUCGAGGGCGGCCGCUUCAUGUACAUCUCCCGGAACGGCGUGGACUACACGCGCAACUUUGGACGCGACUACGAUCACGGCACUCUGACGCCCAAGCUGAGGAGCCUGCUGCCCCUGGGCCUGGAGUCCAUCAUCCUGGACGGCGAGAUGAUGGUGUGGGACACCAGCCAGCUGCGCUUCCGCGAGAAGGGCGAGAACACGGACGUGAAGAACCUGAAGCCCGAGGGCAGCUGGCAGCCCUGCUUCGUGGUCUACGAUCUGCUGUACUUCAAUGGCCAGAGCCUGCUCGACCACAGCUACGUGCAGCGGGCGUACAAGCUGCACAAGAUGCUCGUCGAGCAGCCGGGCGUGCUGCAGCUGAUGCGCGGCCGCAAGAUCGGCUCCGUCGCGGAGUUCAACGAGCUCUUCCAGCAGGCACUCGACGCCCACGCCGAGGGCAUUGUGCUGAAGAAGCAGGGCUCCACAUAUCAGCCGGGCGUGAGGCUGGGCGGUGGGUGGUACAAGGAUAAGGCGGAUUACAUCAAGGGUCUGAUCACCGAGUUCGAUGUGCUGAUCAUUGGCGCCUUCUACAACCGCAAGCGCACCUUCGUGGACUCCUUUCUGCUGGGAGUUCUCCAGCCAGCGCCGCCCGGCAGCGCCAGUCGGCCGGAGGUCUUCAGCAUCGGCGUGGUCACGAACAACACGAAGCAGCGAGGAGUGUUAAAUCACACGCUAAAGCCGCAUUGGCAUGAUGUGAUUAAGGAGCCGCCGCCGCUGUGGUUUCACUACAAGCCCAAGGAGCGCGCCGGAUGCCCCGAUCUCUGGAUCGAGCCGCACAACUCGAUCAUCCUGCAGGUGAAGGCCGCCGAUUUGGCGCCAAAUGGAGCUUUCUUCACCCGCAAAUCGCUGCACUUUCCGCGCACCGAAACGAAGCGCGACGACAAGCCGUGGAGCGAGUGCAUGACCCUGCAGGAGUUCAACGACCUGUGCGCCGGAUCCACGGCCAUCAAGAAGCUGAACAAGCGGCAGCUGCGCCUAGAGGAUGUAACGACCAAGCGCAAGCAGCUGCGGAUGACGCCCUCGGAGCGGAGUCGCCUCGGAUUGGCCGUCUAUGAGAAACGCUGUGCGGUGGACCCGGCGGCGAGCAGCUCCCAGUUGUUCGACGGCCUCAGCUUUUGCGUACUGAGCGGAUCGGCCGGGCGGCAGAGCAAGCAGCAGCUGCAGGAGCUGGUCGCCCAGAACGGCGGCUGCAUCGUGGAGAACCCGCUGCCCAACGAUCCCAAGUGCUUUUGCAUUGCCGGCGACGAGACGUUUCUGGUCCGGCGACUCUGCCUUCAGGAGCCGCGCACCUGCAACAUUCUGCGCAUGGAGUGGCUGCUGAGGGUCUGCCAGCGGCAGGAGCUCGAACUCAAGCCCAAGGAUCUGCUGGCGGCCACUGAGCCGUUGCAGCGGGAUCUGGCCGAGUGCUUCGACCUUCUGGGCGAUAGCUACAACAAGGAUAUUGCCAGUGUGGAGGAGCUGCAGGAACUGCUAAAGGAUAUUCAGCUUACACCAGAGAAUUCCUGCGAGAUUAUCGCUGCUGAGGUGAAUGCUCUGGAGGAUCAGCUGCUGGACGGCGAGAAGAAACUGAAUCUAUUCCGCCACCUGCAUGCCUACUUCUACGAUCCGCUUGGCGAUGAGCUCGGCAAGCUUCUGUUCCUGCAAAACGGCGGCAAACUGGCCGACGAAUUUGAUCCGCAGCUGAAUCUGGGCUUCGUCUGCAUGUCUUCUGACCUGGACAACGAUAAGUUUGACCACUGGCUGAGUAACCAUUCCACGCUGAGCGCCGACAAAGUCUUGAACUCUGCCUGGAUCCAUCAGUCGCAUCGGGAGGGCCAACUCCUGCCCAUGAGUGCGUUUGUCUAGAAUCUAGCUUUAUAUUUUGUUUAUAACAAGUUAAUUACUGUUAUCUUAGUAAUAAAAAUAAAUGUAUCUAACUAUAUUGACAAUAAAA